GUUGGUUUCCAUCACACCGGGCCGCCUUCUCGCCUCUGCUCCUCGUCAGGUUCGAUCCGGCUCCACAGGCCUGACUGGUGUUCCCCGGGAUUUUGUUUUCUUUCUUCUUCUUUUUUUUCCCUACUGACUGCCGCGCCGUUCUAGAUGUGAACAUGUCGGGAAUUAAUGGCGACCAGCUGCACCGCUCCACCUUGGGGAUUUACCGGAAUCUGACUGACGAGUUCAACCCCAGUCUACAGAAACUGGUUUCACUGGGAAACAGCUACGCCCAUGCCUUCAAAGACCUUGUCGUCACCAGCGAGGCUUACUUCACGGCCCUCUCAAAGAUCGGAGAGAAAGCUUUCUACUCCGCGUCGUCCCGCUCCCUGGGAGACGUGCUGAUCCAGAUCGCCGACAACCAGCGGAGGCUCACAUUGGAGCUGGAGGGAGUGUUCCGCAACUUCAGUUUGGAAGUCCUGCAGGUGAUGGAGAGCAGCGUCCAGCUGGACGUCGACUACAUCUCACACAGCAGGGCGACGUACGAGAGGGAAGUCCACAGGCAGGCGGCGGCGGCUCAGCAGAGGCAGCGGAGAGGAGGAACCGGCCAGGAGUACCUGCAUUUUCUGAGGGAGAGCCACCAGGAGGCGCUGGAGGAGGAGGAGAGGCGGUACCGCUUCCUGGCUGAGAAACACUGCGGCCUCGUGCAGUCCGUGGGCCUCCUCAUGAGCAAGACGUCGGGGCCUCUCCUGCAGAAAGCCGACGUCUGGACGGAGGAGGUCAACGCCACCAGGCGACCUGCUGCCGUGGACAACACCGGCGGGUUGAGGGCGGAGGACAUCAGACAGAUCCGAGAGGAGAUGACUCUGGGCAAGAUACCGUCCAGGGCGCCGUCCCCGGUGGGAAGUGUUUAUCGCUCCAGAGGCGGCGGCGGCGGAGGAGGAGGCGUGCCCAUGAGGGCCAAGGCGGCCCACCAGCCCUCUGGCUCCAACCCCACCCUGCUGCCCUUCUCCAAGGGGCAGAUCAUCACAGUGAAGACCCGGCAGCCCAGGAACGGCUGGCUUUACGGAUCCGCCGAGAACGGCUCAGGUCAGGGAUGGUUUCCAGCCUCCUAUGUGGAAGAACUUGACGAUCCUCCGAAGUCGCCCAGCUCCUGGAACCACUCUCUCCGAAGCAGCAGCAGCAUGAGCGACCUGCUGGACCAACCAGGAGGAGGGAGCAGCAGCAGGACCAGCAGCGCCAUGAGCAGCGUGUUCGACCUGCCAAAACCCAGCAGCAGCAUCCAUAGCAGCAACAGCAUCAGCAGCAGGAGUGGAGCCCCGCCUCCUCCGCCUCCUCCACCCACGCAAUCCUCACCCAAGUCGCAGUCAGAGAGAUCGCAGCACGAACUCUUCCCGAGGGGCACCAAUCCGUUCGCCACGGUGAAGCUGAAGCCCACUAAGACCAACGACAGAUCUGCUCCGAUACUCUACCGCAGAUGACUUCUCCGCCAGGGAAAGAGGCGUUUCCGUUAGUUUGACAGGUGGAUGAUCGGUGACGGCUGUUUUAUUGAACCACAGCAUCAUCUGUGUGCCAUAAUGCCUUUUGACCAAAAAACAGAACAAAAAAAACAUAUUUGUUUUUUUUUUCCCUUUACAUUCAUACUCUGAUAAUUGUGACCUGUUUUUAAACUUGCAUUAAUUUAACCAGAUCAUUUUUCUGGAUGUUUUCUUGACAGCUAUCGUCAUGUGAAUGAGUGACGCAGUUAGUCUUUUAACAUUUUAAUACCUCUUGUGUUUUUUUUUUUUUUUUUUGUAUUGUUACAAGCACAAACUUCAAUGUAUUUGGAUUUCAUAUGUAAGAGCAUGCUUUGUAUAUUUUUGGGGGGGGUGGGGGGACUCUUGUUGGACGGACGCGACACAGAAUUAAAAUGCUGCAUCAGUUUUUAAAGCUUGGUUUGGACUUUAACUAGGCCACUGAAACAAUAUGCUUUGGUCCAAACCAGAGUUUCCUCAAACAGCAUGAGCUAAUGGCUGGGAACUCCCUAUAGAAACCCACAGACAUUGCUACAAAAUUUCUAAAGAAACAUUGGAUUAUUUUUACUUUUUUCUUUGUCCCAAAAUGUUCCGUUUCCAGCUCCAACUUGACAAAUUUGUCUGGCAACGAAUCGGAGAGAUGAGAGCGGCAAAUAACGUUUUCCUGAAUUUCCCCAAUGUUUUGAGAAAUAAAGGCUUUUUCUAUCGCCAUCUUCAGUAAGUUAUUGUAGCAUAUUUUAUAACAAUGACUGGGGGGAAAAAAAACAGAAAAAUUCUGAAAAAAUUUCGUUCGUGUUCGUUCAAUCCCCCCCUCGUUUUUGAACUUUCCCACACCUUCUGGCGUGUUUCUCAUUCUUCUUCGAUGUUCUCCAAACUACUAAUUGGGCAACUUUUGAAGGCAACUGAUUGGGUUUGGAUCCUGUUCAGCAGAACAAUGAAACAAUUAACGCAAUGUGAAACAAAGACCAUGAACUGUCCCAUAAAGUCGAAAUAAAAUACAUUGAAGUUUGUGGUUUCAAAAUGACAAAACUUUUUUUUUAAAUUUAUGCUGAUUUUGGGAAUCAGAUCAAGAUUUUCAAAUGUAUUCAGCAGUAAAUAGCUUGUAUAGCUCUAUAUCAGUUCUCUUUUGUUUCUGUUUUUUUUUUCCUCAAUCUCUACAGCUCUAUUUAUAUCCAGAUGUUCUGAUGAGAUUAAAGUUCUGUCGCUAAAUAUUAAAUGUUCUGGAAAACGAAGGAGGCAGAUUGUGUAAAACUCUGGCGUUAUGAAUAAUAAUGCUGUGUAUUAAAGGAUAACGCCACGCCAUCUGUCUGGGAUGAUCACUGAUUUCAAAUUCAAGCGCAUCACGUCCAAGUAUCACCUUUUCCUCACUGCCGAUUUCUGGGAAUAUCAAUGAAUCCUGCUGCAUUUGUUUUCCUUCUCUAACGAAGCGAACUAAUGGGAGUUUGAUGCAGCGAGGCGGGAGGUUUUCAUCACCGUUUAAGAAAUAAACUCUCAUUUUUUUUGCCCCAGUCGUCAAUGGCUCCCAGUUUAACGGCGCGCCGGAGCAAGUGGUGAACUUACUGAUCAGACCUUUUUGCUCAGGCACCGCAAUGGCCUACUAAAAAAAAGACCUAAGAUCCCCGCGGUUCUUAUUUGGGUUCUCCACUGGGCAUACUUAACCUAAAUUGAACCUUGGUGUGAAUCCAAUUGGGCUAAUGGUUUGACAGCGGCCUGGCUCUUCUGAGGAAAGACUCCGGCUACUUUUUAUCUCGACCUCAGCGGAGGAUGUACAUCCACAAAUUAGAGGUUCUUCACCGGUCGCCUGAGCGGCUUGUUUUCCGGGAGUCUUUUGCAAAUGAGGGCUAAUAAGGUGUCACCUAUGACCCGCCUAAGUCUGGUUGUGCUUCUUGAGUAACAGCGGGAGGAGGUGACAGAAAACCAGAAUCAAGUCGACACAGACUCUGAGCUUUUAACGAUUAGUCGACGUUUUCGCCACAAAAUGGCUGGACGGCAAACAAGUUAAAUGACUUAGAAGGUGAAUUUGGGGCACGAGUUUGAAUUUAUUUAGUGUUUUCUCUUUAUAGAGUCCAAACGAGGCCUGAAAUACACACAACACCUUUAAAAAGUAUGUGGCUAAAUAUUGGGUUAGCGAGUCGUGUUUGGUGUAAUUCUGGCUGGAGAUUUAUCUAAUAUGGUCACAGAGUUAACCAGGCUCUAGUUUAAUUCACUCCAAGCAGUUUCAAAAAUGUUGAGAGAAAUUUGAAGUUAGAUUGCUGGGAUUAUAUGUGACUUUGAAACAUAAAAAUUGGACAAAACGAUGCAAGGUUCCAAGAAGCUAUUUUAUUUUUUUUAUUUUUAUGUUUUUUUGUUUUUUUCCAAAUCUUUGAACUUGAUCUCAGAUCAGCAGCUGCAUGGCUGCUUCAGGUUGUUCAGACAUCACAGUCUGGACAUUUUUUAUCUCGUGUGAAUCGGAGAAAUUCGUGUUUGCCCGAAGGAUGAUGUUAAUCAUUUUUAACGUUCUGUACGACAUCAUUCCCAGUGUCGACUGAGUGAGUGUAAAAUCCUGAGCUGUAGAUUGAAAGCGAAAGAAAAUAAACCCAAUAUAUGACAA